GACCUGUAAAUGUCAGCAGCUGCAGACCUUUUUUUCUACCUACAGCUAAUAGCCUCGAGGGGCUUACUAACUUCGUCGAACAUGUAGGCGAGUUUACCGGGCUCAGCUUAAAAUACUUUGCUAACACCUGCCCUAGCAAGAGCAGUGCUUAUCUGAAUCUACCACCGGAUCGAAAUCGUGACUAUUCGUGACUCAUUCAGAAGAUCCGGGGAGAAACUCAGUGUGCUGUGUCUGUGGAUUAAGAUGCACGUCGGACCCUUCGUCGCAUUCGACCAGAACAUUUACCGAUGCUUGGAAAAGAAACCAAGAGUGAAUUGGAAAGAUCCGAAAUAACAUGUUUAGGGUGACGUGGCCGCGCGACCAUUUAUCGUUAAGUUGUCUAGAAUGGCUAAGAAUGUUAAGGUGUUGCGCAGAUUUUUCAAAAAAACCUUCCAACACUGUCUUAGAUAUAGAUUCUAAUUCAAGAAGGUCAUGAAGAUCUAAACUUCCGAGGUGCUCCGACAGCUAUUCUGCAAAAACGGGAUUGAAUGACUUGUUAGGGGCUUAUAAUAAAAUAUAAUAAAAAUCAAACCCGCAAAAUUAUAAUUUGCGUAAUUACUGGUGGUAGGCGCGCGACUUCAACCACCCUACCUAUUUCUGCCGUGAAGCAGUGAUGCGUUUCGGUUUGAAGGGUGGGGCAGCCGUUGUAACUGUACUGAGACCUUAGAACUUAUAUCUAAAGUUGGCGCAUUUACGUUGUAGAUGUCUAUGGGCUCCAGUAACCACUUAACGUCAGGUGGGCUCGUCCACCUAUCUAAGCAAUAAAAAAAAUAUAGGUACGGGCCGCGUGAUCGAAUACUACUCUUACAUUAGUCAUGACCGGAGCGGACAAUGGACAUGACUCCAGUCUUAAUCUAAACAAAAGAUUUUGUUUUACAUUUUGUUAAUUGCUUGAUUGGAGAAAAAAAAGAAAAAAUAAAAAAAAAUAAAGAAGAUUGGAGAAAACGAAAAACUCUGGCGUACCAGCUUGACAGUUGACAUUGCGUUGCAGUUUCAGACAAAAUAAACAUAGGAAAAUGAAGGAAAUAGAACUUUGUUAUUGUAUUUAACAACUCUGCGCUUUCAGUAUAAAUAAAAAAUCAACGAAUGAAACAUAAAAAAUUCAAUGAACCUACGUAUUUUUCUCUUUAAUUACCUACCCUUUGAAAUAAACAGUAGUUGACUGUCGUAGAAGGCCGUGAUAAACUUAAAGACUUGCUAAUGUAAUUAAAAAUCACUUAGCAGUGACCAUUACCAACAGGUUACAGCAGUAUACGGCUGACAUUUCGCAACCAACAGCACUACCUUAUCAUAACAUUAAGUUAUUGGGUCGACGCUCCGCUCCAUUCACCGCAGAGUUCGCGCUCACAAUUGAGAAAGUAACUGUAAAUCUUAAUACGUGUCGGGAGAAUAAUUUGUGAUAAUCAUGACUAAAACGAAAAUAAAUGCUGACUUAAUAAAGGAGAGGAGUAAAUGCACGUUCAAUAUCACGGAAUUAACGAAUUUAAUAGACGGCGGAGCUCAUUUGACCGAGGAAAGAAAAAAAAGAGAAGAGAAAGUACUGAAAGAAGGAAUCCAUAUCGAUCAAGUUCCAUCAGAAUACUUAAGCCACAAAGAGAAAUAUGAACUGGCUAUCAAAAAGGCAUCAUUAAUGUUUAAAUUACUCAGAAAAUGGCAAGAGGAGGAGAACACAGGAAUGGAAAAUUACAGGGCUGUGCUCGGUGGUGCUCUUGGAUCAGCAAUCCUAGAAGAUGGCUCUCCUCUCACCCUGCACUAUGUGAUGUUUAUACCAACAUUGAUGGGGCAAGGAACAGUAGAACAACAAGCAUAUUGGAUAGGAAGAGCAUUCAAUGUAGACAUCAUUGGAACUUAUGCACAGACAGAACUGGGUCACGGUACUUUCGUCCGUGGUCUUGAGACAACAGCAACAUACGACCCCAAGACUAAAGAAUUUGUACUACACAGUCCAUCUUUAACUGCAUAUAAAUGGUGGCCAGGAGGAUUGGCUCACACGGCCAACUAUUGUAUCGUGAUGGCUCAGCUGUACACCGCCGGGAAAUGCCACGGCAUCCACGCCUUCAUCGUUCAGUUACGCGACGAAGAGACUCAUAUGCCUUUGCCAGGUAUAAAAGUCGGCGAAAUCGGUGCGAAACUUGGUAUGAACGGAACGAAUAAUGGAUUCUUGGGCUUAGAACACGUGAGGAUCCCUAGAGAGCAUAUGCUGAUGAAGAACGCUAAAGUUUUAGAGGACGGUACGUACGUUAAUUCGCCUAGCUCGAAGCUGACGUACGGAACAAUGAUGUUCGUGCGCGUUGUUCUCGUGAACGACAUGUGCAAUUAUAUGGCUAAAGCUGUCACGACCGCGACCAGGUAUUCGGCGGUCAGACAUCAGUCGCAACCGAAACCCGACGAACCUGAACCUCAAAUAUUGGAUUACGUAACGCAACAACACAAAUUAUUCGUUGGUAUAGCUUCGGUGCACGCCUUCAAGCUCAGCGCCAACUGGCUGUGGAACAUGUACAACAACGUCACCGCUGAACUCGAGUCGGGGGACAUGGAGAGGCUGCCAGAGCUGCACGCGUUGUCGUGCUGCCUGAAGGCGGUGAGCACGGCGGACGCGGCGCAGUGCGUGGAGCGGUGCCGGCUGGCGUGCGGCGGCCACGGCUACAUGCUGUCCUCCAACCUGCCCACCAGCUACGGGCUGGUCACCGCCGCCUGCACGUACGAGGGCGAGAACACCGUGCUACUGCUGCAGACCGCCAGAUACCUGGUGAAGGCGUGGCAGCAGGCGGCGGGCGCAUCGCAGCUCACGCCGACCGUGGCGUACAUCCGCCGCGUGACGUCAGGCCGCCGCGCGCCGCCCUUCGACUCGUCGCUCGCCGGACUCAUCGACGCCUUCCACACGGUCGCCGCGGGUAAAAUAGGCCUUUGCGUGGCGAACAUAGAAAAACGUCAAAAGGAAGGCUUGUCGUACGAGGACGCUUGGAAUAUGACUUCGGUUCAACUCACUCAAGCUUCAGAGGCUCAUUGUCGCGCCAUAUUAUUGUUGACUUACCACGAACAAACCGAGAUGCAAUGCAAGAACGCUUCGCCGGAACUACGCGAGGUGCUCUCGCAACUGGUCGACCUGUACGUCGUGUACUGGACCUUGCAAUGCGUCGGGGAUCUCUUGAGGUUCACAUCGAUAUCGGAACGUGAUAUUGAACGAUUGCAGCGCUGGUACGAAGAUUUACUGUCGCAACUGAGGCCGAACGCAGUUGGACUUGUAGACGCUUUCGACAUACGCGACGAGAUUUUGCAUUCAGCAUUAGGCGCGUACGACGGACGCGUGUACGAGCGCCUGAUGGAGGAGGCGCUGAAGAGUCCUCUCAACGCGGAGCCCGUCAACAGAUCCUUCCACCAGUACCUCAAACCUCUCAUGCAGGGGAAACUUUAAUAAGCCAAUCUUUACUACACUGUGAUACUCAAAAGACUAAAUCAAACAAACGCUCUCAGAACAUUGUCGUUAUAAAUACAGCUAGUACAAAAUGAUUACCAAUAAAUGACUACUCUAACAAAUGAAUAUAAAGUUAAUUUACAUUGCUGCGUACGGAAGUCUUAAUAGAUUAACGGAAUUUACUGAGACAUUAUUUCAUCUCAUCUCGUUUUAAGAAGGGUGGGGCAGCCGUUGUAACUAUUAUGAGACAUUUGAACAUAUAUCUCAAAAGUGGGUGGCGGCAUUUACGUUGUAGAUGUCUAUGGGCUCCGGUAACCACUAAACACCAGGUAGGCUGUGAGCACGUCCACCCAUCUAAGCAGUAAAAAAAUGAAAAACCCUAUAUAAAGAUGUAUGAAAUAUACAUUUAAAUAACAUGCAUGCAACGUGCAUACAUCUAAUAAAGUAAGCUAAAGGAAUAUUACUUUCUUAAGUACUAUUUUCUGUUGAAUUUGUGUUAAUAGUAGUUAAUGUCCCAAUUUACCUUUCAUGUUACUUCUUAAUUAAUUGUAAGCGGGAAACGAUAGUGAUAUAAGGUGUGAUUAUAAUAUUUAAGAUUUAAAAAAAUAUGAUUGAAACUCUAGCGGUCAGGUACAUUACUAAAACAUUUGGAACUCUACAAAAUUAACAAAAAAAUAUUUAAAAAAACUGUUUAAUUUUAAGGUACCUAUGUAAUGUUUUCAAAAAAGAAAUGUUAUCCUAGAAAUGUUCACCUUUGUUAUUAGAAGGAAUUAGUACGUUUUUCAAACACAGUAGUUUUACAAGGGUUGAUUUCGCUCGAAUUGUUAAUUUUGUAGAUAUCGACGGGUUAUAUGCUUUGUAAUGGUCAAGGUCACUGCAAACAAAGGAUUUUGUCAAUGACAAAAGAUACCAAAUUAACAAAUGAUUAUUUUCAAUAAUAAUAUUUUCUUCUCAGUCGUGUCACUCUUGACAGAGUGGUCGUGAUCGUCAUGUAGUGUUGGAAGGGGCAGACUUGAUGCGUCUCACGAUGUCGCGCCAUCUCUAUAAAUAAUAAUAAUGUCUGUAAUAAUUAAAUAUUACAAAUGUUUAACUUCAAGGUGAAAUAAAAAAACUAUAUCAGACAAUUAUUGUACGAGGCAACAAUUAGGUAACCAACAUUAGAAAGGUGGCGGCUAUUAUACGUGUAAUAGAUUAAAUAGUUAACGAAAUAUAUUUAAUUGAAUAUUAAUUACAGUAUUCAAUGAAAUUAUAUGAGAUUAUAGAAUUUAUUUAAAUAUAAAUAAAAUUUAUAUAUUUUUUUUAUUAAAA